AUGGAUCUGUGUAGUUUAAGUACACAGGGAACAGGCAUGCAGGAUGAGCGGAGGAUGAAUGGGUGUACAAAUUCCUCAAGCCCAGCUGCGACAGGCUCCAACGCCCCUGUUACAGGCUAUCGGCGCAUGGUCAUCCCACCUCAACCCCCUCUAACCGCCACUAAGAAAUCCACCCCAAAACCACAGACCCCUCCAACCGUCCCUCCUCCGGCUUCAUCUUCUCCACGGCCCCAAUACCAGCCUGCUCCCCAGCCUGUCCCAGCGUCCUACACCACCGCCUCUACUCCUAGCCAGCCCACCUUCAAUGUUCAGGUCAGGGCCGCCCAGCCUGGGCCCCAGCAGCAGCCGGUCCGCGGUCCAGCCCAGGUACAGUACAUGCCGGCUCAACCCAGAGGCCCUGAUUUUGCAUACGGGCCUCCGCAGCCAGGAUUCUGCCCAGCACCGUCUGGAGGCUACCAGGACCAGCACUAUGGUGGAGCUCCUGCUUAUGGAGGUCAUAACACAUGGAGAGCUGAGCCUAGUCACCAUGCUGCUCCUCCACCCAGCCAAGGGUUCCAGCCCGCUCCCCCGAAAAAAACCUACAUCACUGAUCCUCCUGCCAGCCUGACACCCUUCGGCGGUGGCCAUCCUGCUCCUCAUAAGGGUCGUCCCGAGGAGGAACUGGACCGUCUGACUAAGAAAAUGCUGUUUGACAUGGACAACCCCCCCUCUGAGGAGUAUUUUGGUCGCUGUGCAAGCUGUGGGGAGAAUGUGGUCGGUGAGGGAACUGGUUGUACCGCCAUGGACCAGGUCUUCCAUGUGGACUGCUUCAUCUGCAUGACCUGUGGCUCAAAGCUCAGAGGAAAGCCCUUUUAUGCUGUGGAAAAGAAGGCUUACUGUGAACCCUGCUAUAUUAACACCCUGGAGACCUGCAACAUAUGUAGUAAGCCCAUAAUGGAGCGCAUCCUGCGGGCAACUGGGAAGGCCUAUCAUCCCAAGUGCUUCUCCUGUGUGGUCUGCCAUCGGAGUCUGGAUGGCAUUCCCUUUACUGUGGACGCCUCCAACCACAUCCACUGCAUCGAAGACUUCCACAAGAAAUUUGCCCCUCGUUGCUCUGUGUGUAAAGAGCCCAUAAUGCCAGCACCUGGCCAGGAGGAGACUGUGCGUAUUGUGGCUUUAGACCGUGACUUCCAUGUGCAGUGUUAUCGCUGUGAGGACUGUGGCUGUCUUCUCUCUGAGGGAGACAACCAGGGUUGCUACCCUCUGGAUGGCCAUGUUCUCUGCAAAAACUGCAACACCAGUCGCAUCCAGGCCCUCACUGCCAAGGCUACGACUGACCUCUGAGUAACACACAUAUCUACGGUACAUGCAGGUCCCCAAUGUUCCUGCAUUUAUCGAAGCCUGAGAAACACCAUAUCCUGUCACAUCACUGCACACACAUAUUUAUGGUCAGACAAAUGCACAGGUACACAUAAAGCUUAUCAGUCCACUUAAGGGGCUCCUCCACACACUGUGCCUUAUAUUAAAAUUGCACUAAUUUUUUCUGUCCAAGCAUUUUUAUUAACAGAUAUGUAUUCACCAGUGCCCACUACAGCUGCUUGUAAACACCUAAACGAAUUAGGCCUUAACAUAUAGAGCAAAGCUGUUCGAUUCUAACUAACGUUCACAGAGCUGUUCAAUCAGGAAGUGGGACGUCAAGAAAACCAUCACAGAAAAUGAUAGAAUCUGCCUCUAAAAAGGGACCAUGCUGUCUGAUCGCUAUGCAUUCCAGUAACCUACAGCUGUUAUUUUAUUUUUCAUCUUGCCGUUGUAUUGCCACAGUCCAAAUACACUUUCACAUAGAGCUACUAGUCACACAAGUAUACAUUCUCUGCAGCUGCUUCAUGAAAUAAUCUGAAGUUUUCAUUACACAUCAUUCAAGCAUAUCUCCUUAUGGCGGCUGUGAUAUUGGAGGUUUCAUGUUUGAUAAGGUACACAAGUCAGUUUAGAAAGACCUGGAUCUUCACCUCGACUCAUGCAUCACACCUGCUUCAUCGGUUCAUGUUUUUGUGUACAUACUGUACAGCUGUAUGUGUGUGAAUCCAUAGCCUUUCGAUUUACAUUUCUGAAUUCACCCUUUGAGAUGAAAGUUACCAAAGAGCUACAUUUACUUUCUCUGGGACAGUGUGUAUGUAUAUUAUUGUAUGCUUAUGAAAUCUAAUGGGAAGAGUGUUUUAUCCUUUAAGGACUGUGAAUGACCUUGAGUAGCUCAGAAACCUAAACACGUUGUGGUUCACUGAGUGUGGUUUCCUGUUUCUUCCUAAGUGUACCGCUUCAAUUCAAGUGAAUUUAGCGAGAAACCUUCUGCGCUUUGGAACUUCUUUGUGGUUCGGUGGUAUUUUUUAUUUUUUCUUUAUUAUUUUUUUUAAUUGCGCUCAGUUAUCUCAUCUAUUUGUAUAUCAUGAGUAAAAAUAGUUAAAAGGUCUAAGGAUAAAGUAUAUGUAUUUAGAUAUGCACAGUGAAUUGUGCAAUAAUGUCACGGCAGAUUAUUAAAUUAAAAUUCUCAGAGGAAAAACUGUCAGAUUAGAUUUAAAGUGUGACAAUCAGGGCUGAAAGGGUGUUGGAAAUGUGUUUUAUUUGAUCUUAUCUCAUCUAAGACUUUAAGGGCUGAUGAGAAGACAAUAUUUUAAAUAUCCUCAAAUUGUGAAUUUAUUGUAUGAGUAUUAAGUAAACUAGGUAGAGAUAGACGUGAAAGUAUUAUUAAAAAUAGGACAACCAUUUAGGGAGACUAAUAUUUCUUUCGUAAUUUUUGUACAUGCACAAUAUCAUUAUGCAAAUUUCUUCUUUGUUGUUGCAUUGACACUUUACUAAGCAGGAUAUGCAGACGGUUUUUUAUUCGAUGAGAAAGUGUUCAAGUUGUUCUUAAAGCUACAAUGCACACAGUUUGGGAAAAUCUGAAAUUAUGUACAGUAUAUACAGUAUAUCUACAGAGUGCCAUUUAAAUUUCGAGGUUUAGAGAGUCAACACCUCAGGAAAUUUCCGCUCAUAUCAGUGUGCUGCAGUGAUGCCCCAGGGAACUUCCCCCUCUGGUUGAAGGGUAAAUUCAGAUGUGAAUGCUAUGAUAUAUAUGCAAACCGGAUAGAAAUACAUGGUUACGUACACCUCUCGAUUUAUUAUGACAGUUUGUUGAUUUUGGGUGUAAAAUGAAAUGCGCUAGCUUUAAGCCACAAGGGCUUCAUUAGUGCUGCAGUGCUUCAAUCUGUACCUCUCUUUCUUAGCACUUUUUCUGUAUGUGCCUUUUCCAGCUUGUGUGAAACUGAGGUGGUGGUGUUUGUGCACAAACACAGCUGUGGCUUGUGGCUGAUGUUUCGUGCCGAAGGAGAUGAUGUUUGAAUGGUCUGUUUUGUUUUUGUUGGGGGUUUUUUUUCUAUUCACGCUACCUAGAGGCUAUGCAUGUUCGCUACUUGAAACCAUCUUUAUUUCCAGGUUUUAUAUAGAAAGACCAAAUAUUUUAAGACUUAAUUCGAUAUUUCUUUGUAUUAUGUCUUUAAAAACAUUAAGUGUUAUAUGAAAGAGAAUUAUAGUUGUAUAACUUGGAACAUUUAGGUUGUCCUUCCUCUCUUUGGCUUUACUGUUUAUUCCACCAAACCCAUCUCAAGUUCUUUUAAUUCAGACUGCUUAUAGAUUUGCUUCAUCUGUUAAGCAUUUUUGUUCAUUUGAGUUGUUCAAAUUGAUUUCUUCUGUUCAAGUAUUUGAUCAGGAUGCAGUUUAAAACACUUUGUACUAAGUUUCCCCAUCUGUGAUCAUUACAGUAGCAAUAACCUGAUGAUUAUAUGAAAUUGUUGUUGCAGCAGAUGCAGAGUACCAGCAUUCCAGUGCCUUAAAAUACAUGGUAUAGGCUACUUUAAUUGUCAUAUAGGGCACUUUGAUGUUUUUUUUUCAUGAAUAAUUAUUACAUAAAACAACCUAAUCUGUGCUCUAGUGACAUGCUAAGUAAAUACAUGGAUUCUGUUCUUACACUCUGUUGUUUUUGAUCACAUACAACUUCCUCUAUAAUUAAUAAACCUUUUGAAAAACUCCAUAA